CCUGUUAUUUGUCGGUGUGAAUGAAGGGAGUGUAGUUGUGGUGUGCACAGGUGGGGCGUGAUGUCAGUGACUGUACACAACCCCUGUACAGGAAUGUAAUCACCUGCAGUCUGUGGCAGGGCAGGGCACGAACAGUUAUUCCGUGUAACUGGAUCAGCUCAUUAUUUUAAAGACGGGGGAGCCCGCCCCAACCCGGACCGUGCUAGUACUGUUCAGCUAGUUGUUCCGUACAGACUUCAGCCUCGUCCCGUCCCCCCAGCCAGUGCCGGUAAUCGUGGAAUCCGGUAGUUGACGGAAGUGUCGGCGAGAGCAUGGCAGGAAAGGAGCCUCUGGUGGGCACACUGAAAGCUUGUGUUUUGGGAUUGCAGACCAGCAGCACCGAUACUAUCACAGAUGACUCUCCUCACGUGAUCCCACUAUGUGAUACCAUAGAGAUGAUCCUGCGUAAAGGGCUGAAGAGUGGAGUGCUGGGGUUGAAGAAAAGAGAUUACUGGCAUUGGAUUGAGGAGCUCCCACAACAUGAUACUUGUGGCAGACUACCUCAUAUAUCAGUAAUGAUAGAAAAGACUGUGGCCUGCCCCAAGGUGCUAAACUCGCAAGGAAGAGGACGAUAUUUUAUACGGAUGGCCCUCAACAGAAAAACUCUGGCAGCCACAAUCCAGCAUUUGCAGCACACACCGAAAUUACUUGAAUGGUACGAUCCAUUAUUCUCUGUACUGGGAAAUGAGGAACAUCUGGAGCCCUUUCUGUCGUUGCUGCUGGUGAUCUCACAGAGCACGUUUGAUCUAGAUCUUCAGAAUUGUAGUUUCCUGGAUGAGAGUUGGCUCCUACCUGUGUGUGCCACUUAUCAGACUGUGCCAUGUCGAGAGUUGGGGAUGGUACUGAGAUAUCUGGAGGGUCGCGUGUUUGUGGUAGAAGUACUGCCAGAUAGCCAAACUGAAGUAGAUGAGGUGGUUCUGGCAGGAGAUAUCAUUGAUGAAAUAAAUGGUGUGUCACUAAGAAAUGCAUACAAUGGCCAGGCUGGCACAGAACUAAAUAAGUUGAAGGGAGAGCCUUUAAUAUUUCGAAUAAUCCGGUGGAGAUGGAAAGAUGGGGAAGUGUUCCGUCCCCUCAUACCAUAUCUAAAAGGGCUAAAAGAGAGGGUUCCUGACUUCCAACUACAGCAGAACCCCAGAAGCCUAGAGAGGAGUCAGGAGUGUCCACAACAAGACGGAAGGCUCCUGUAUUCUGUGCAAUAUAUGGGACAAACAGAUGUUGGAAUGUUUGGGGGCAAAGAAAUUCUGGAUGUUGGCAUCUCCAGGGUACAAAAACAGAACUGUAUUCCAAGGGAUGUAUUGCUUGACAUCAAGGAGACAGAAGUUGCAGUUAAGGACAAGGAAACCUCUGAGGUCCUGUUUCGCUACUUGUACCCAGAGAUUUCUAGUGUAGGACGACGGCUGGAUAACAGGAAGGUCUUUGCCUUAUGUGCUGUUGAAAAAGGACAAGACCGUGAUAUGACUUCAUUCCACUGCUUUGUAUUUGAGACCAUUGGCCACAAGGAGUGUGAAGAGAUUGUAAAGCGCAUUGCAACAGGCUUCAAGCAUACAGAAUGGUUUGUGUAACACUGAAGUGACAGAUCUGCAGAACGCUCUCCCUUAAUAUAUCACCAACAAUUUUGUACAUAGUCAAUAAGGUUGAAAAGAGACCGGAGUCCAUCAAGUUCAAA